UCCCCAUGAGUUCUCCUGUGGAGGAUGUCCAUGAUCCUCUUUGCCUGCGUGGUUCGGGUGAGGGAUGGCCUUCCGCUCUCGGCCUCCACCGACUUCCACCUAGACCAGGACUUCUUGGAAUGCAGAAAGAGGCUCAAGGCCUUGUCGUCUGUCCUGCUACGGUAUCCAGAUCGGGGCACAGUCAAAGAACGUGACCUCAGCAUACACUUCAAUUCUUCUGGGGAAAUCGCCUGCAUGGGCAUUUGUGCCAGCAGCUAUCCAGCAGUCAUGGCGUUUUGCUUUCUGGAAGAGCUCCAGUGGGAAUUUGCCGGUGCCUACGACGCGGCGAGUGUAGGCCUGGCUUCCAGGCCGUAUGCUUUCCUGGAAUUCGACAACAUCAUUCAAAAAGUCAAAAGCCGCUUCAAUUACACCAACUGUGCUUCGAUGAAGCUCAACUUGGAAAAAAUCCAGGAGGACCUGCGGUUGCAUCCCCCCGCUCAGGUGAAGCUGGAAGAGGCAGAGCUGAUGAACGGGAUGGUGAACGGACAUGCAGAGCUCCAUUUAGAGUCUGGACCCGAAGCCUCGGCUUACAGGAUGCAACCCGUGUCCACCGUGGGCAUCUUGUCUCUCGUCCUCAACAUCAUGUGCGGGGCGCUGAACCUCAUUCGAGGCGUUCACCUCGCAGAGUACUCGUUCCAGGAAGAUCACAAAGAAAUUGGAAAUGUAAUAGCCUUUCUCCUACCUUUUGUAGCUUGCUUCUUAUUGUGUUACCUUUACCUGUUCUACAGUUCGGCGCGGCGGAUCAAGGUCUUUGUGCUUUUUGUCACCAUCUGCCUAUGCAACGUCUACCUGUACGGAUUAAGAAACAUCUGGCAGAUCCUUUUCCACAUAGCAGUGGCGUCUCUGUCUUCGUUCCAGAUCCUCACGCGGCAGGUCGCGGAGAAGCAGCCGGACUGCGGAGUAUGA